UAAUUUAAUCUUUACAUCAUUUAAGAAAUAUAUAAGAAAUUGAAGAAGAAUAAUAACAAAUCUAAAUAUAUUCUUGACCUAUAGUAAUUAGUAAAAUAGAGGUUUCUUCUUAAAAAUAGUUGGAGUUUUAAAAAUUUAAUGCAAGGAAAUAGAACUUAAUCUUAGUUCAAUAGUAAUUUCUCAUCAAGAAUAUCACCGAUGAGAGCUACUGGAUAUGAAACUAAUUUCAUGAAUAAAUAGCCUCAAUAUAUUGCUAAUAAUUAUGUAAACUCAAGUUCAAAGUAAAUAAUGAGGAAUAUGUCCCCUUCUCCUGAAUCUAAAUAAAUGUUAAAUGAAAAAUUAAGCACAAAUUAAAGUAAAAGGAGAAUGUAAGCAUUAAACAACAAUAAUAGUUAUAAUAGAAUAAUAGAAAAGCCACCAAAGGAUGGUUAUGCACCUCAAGCAUAAAAUAUAUCUUAAAAUAUAUCUUAAAUAUAUGGGAGAGCAUCAUCAGUGAAUAGAUAUAGCUAAAGAUAAAAAUACGGAACAAAUAAACCAAAUUAGAAUUCAUCUAAUUUAAACCUGAAAGACGAUAAUCUUGCCUAAUAUUAAGAAUCUAUGUUGAAAAAAUCUUCAUCUUUCAAAGUUGGGAAUAAUAGUACUAAGGCUGCUCCUAAUAUGCUUAAUUAAGUGAAUAUGAAUUGUAAUAAUUCAAAGGUUUUAGAUAAUUCUUUUUCUUAGCACAAUAAUUCUUUCAAUAUGAAUUAGAAUGCUCCGAAUAAUGUUAGUAAUGCUCUCAAUGAGCUUCUCAAUUAGAGUUGCACAAAUUCUUACAAUAAUUGUUAAAAUAAUUCUAAUUAUUCCUCUGAUCGUCGUCUUUAGCAAAGAAGAAAAGCUUCUGCUUCUAAUCAUCAAACAUCGUUUGCACUUUAAGAAAAUCAAAUAAAUGCAUCUUAUUAUUAGCAGUCUGCAUCUGCUUAUAAUUCAGGAUAAUAAUCUACAACCAGUUAAUAUAAUUCAGGAGUUCCUUCAAAAGGCUAGUCAUAUAAUUUAGCAUCUUCUCUUACAAACUAAAAUAAUUUUUAAUAUAACACCAAUAAUAAUUCAAGUGCUAAAAAUCAGACCUAGUUUAACUAUGACAUGAAUCAUCCAGAAACAAAUAAAAUUGAAGGCCUAAUACCAGGAAGUUUCGUAACUAACAAGAGUGAUAAUUAAUAAAUCGACAGAUAAUAAAGAAUAAAUGCUUUGUAAAAUUAUGUAAAGAAUGUUAACUAACUCGUAUAGGAUGAAAAUAUUCCAGGAAAUUCGUUAUUAAAGGAAGCUAAUAUUUCAACAACAAGCUAAUAAAAUCAUAAUGAUCUGGAUAAGCUCUUUAUAAAUCAAUACUCUAAACAAGAUAAUAAUCCUUAUAGAAAAAAGCUCUAUAAUAAUAUGAGCAAUACUAGCUUUAACAAAUCUAAUAACAGUAAUUAGCCCUUUAAAGUUCUAUAGAAUUAUUAAAAUAUGAGCACUGAAAUAAAUUUGAAUCCACAAUCUAUAAAUAUUAAACCUUCAAGUACAAAUAAUAAUUAAAAUAAAAAUUAAGAAAUAAGCCAUGUUUUAUAAGAGUAUGAUGUCAACACAAAAUAACUGUAGUAAUAAUACACAAACUAAUCAACAAACUAUUCUACUGUACUAAAAACUACCUUUUAAAAUACUAAUAAAUUUAAUACAUCUUUUAAUAUGAGCAAAGACUCUGUUUCCAUGGCAGAGUCAAACACCAAUAUAGAAGAAAUGCAUUUUUAUGCAGUUGAAUUUUAAUAAAACUGUAAAAAGUGGUUAUCUUAAAUUGAAUAGCAGUUUUGA